AUGGUUUUAUCACCAGUUGAAAAGGUGGAUUCGGUGAGUUUUGGUUAGUUUUCCACAGCUAAUACUGGAGACCUUUUGAGAUUCGAGGACGAGAUUUGACUUAAAGGCAUUUCGCGUAUUGUCAAAAAAAUAGACAUCCUGGAAAGCUUCAUUUAACCGUUUUUUUCCACCAGAAAAGCCAGCAACGUUAUGUUAUUGGAGGUGGUUAAGCCCUAUUCCGAUCACAAAAUGUUCAAACUUCUAUCUUUUCAGAACUUGUUUUUUUCCGCUAGUACGAUAUUAUUGCUAAAACUCAUAGCAGAAUGAAGACUGGAAUAUAACGUUUUCCCGCCUACUAAAAAUGACACUGUUUCAAGCGCGCGUACGUCUUAGUAUUAAGGAAAUCUCCUCCUCGUAGUCGUACUCGUCUUAGCUAGAAUCUAAAGGUCUCUACGGCUAUUGGCGCAGCGCUAGGGAUGAGCACUCUCCUUCCAUAAACGCCUGGGUCAAAUCCCGGAGGUGAUGUCAUUUGUGCGGAUGCUGAGUUUGUUGUUCGUUCGGCCUUCUCGCCCCUUGAGGUUUAUCUUCGAGUACUCCGGUUUUUCCGCUGUCUUAUAAAACUACAAUUUCUUAAAGUUGAUUCCAUCUGGAAUAUGUAUGGUAGAAGAAAAGCCACUUUUUGGAUACGCUACCCUAACAGCAGAUUAAAAAUAGUGCUUAAGGUUACUCAGGGAUAGCGAAACAAGGCAAACAAUUGAGUACGCUUCUCUCUUCCCUUCGCGUUUUGCUUUCCUCCUUGCUUGCAAAUGUUUUCACGCGCGCUUCGAAUUUUACUUGCUCCACUAUCACUGAGAAAAAUAAGGGAGUGCUUGCAGUCUAAGUUGAGGGCGGCCAGUGACACUUUGUGGAAUCUCUAGCUUAACGAUUUAACAGAUUGAGCUGUGUCACGACACUUAUCAAAAUUCAACAGUAAAAGCCCAAGCACUAAAUAAUGAGUGAAUCAUAAAUUUAAAUCAACAGCUCCAAACGUAAAAAAGAUGGUAUGAAUAACACAGCAAACUCAAAAGAAGACAGAGGUCGACAAACUUGAAGAAGAUUAAAACGGAUUGCAAUUGCGGUUUUUAAAAACUCGUUAGCCACUCUUUAUCCGGCGUCUUGUUGUGAAAACUAUGAGUAAACUGGUCAAACUAAGAGUAAAUAAAGAGCUGCUCACUUAAAUUUAAUAAACCUUACUGGAUAAUUUUAAAUUUAUUUGUCGAUUCAGACUACACCUAUAUUUGGACUAUUGAAAACCUUGCGCCUUCUUCGAUUGGUACGUGUGGCGCGAAAACUGGACCGCUACUCGGAGUAUGGCACCGCAGUAGUCAUCCUGCUUACGUGCUUGUUUACUCUCAUCGCUCAUUGGUUGGCAUGCGUCUGGCACGCCAUUGGUUUUUCAGAGACACAGAAUAAAUUCGGCUGGAUACAAAGGCUUCAGAGACAACAGUAUGGCGAUGGAACAAAUUUCACUAGUAGUAACUCAAGCCUAUCUACCCGCUACAUUACUGCUAUCUAUUUCACCCUUAGUAGUCUCACAAGCGUUGGUUUUGGAAACGUUUCUCCGAACACUGAUGCCGAAAAAGUAUUUUCGGUUUGUGUCAUGAUCUUCGGAGGUAAGCAGCUUAUGUAUCCAGUUUUCUAUCUAAACGGCCACUUUUCAGUUACGUAUUUUAUCCUCAGACAAAAAAUCGUGUAACCCAAUAUUUAUAAGUACAAUGAUUCUUGAUUUUCCCAGCCUUGCUGUACGCCUUCAUAUUUGGAAAUUUAACCGCGAUCAUUCAGCGGCUUUAUUCACGAACGUCACGUUUUCAUGAUAACUUGAGGAUGAUCGAGGACUUCGUUCGUUUUUACAACAUUCCCAAGCUCACUAGGGAGGAGUUAGAGAAAUAUUUCAGACACGAGUGGGCCUACACCAAAGGCGUUGACAUGGAAACGGUAAGACGCACGAAUCCUUAUGUGGCAACUUUACUGAUACAGACAUUUAGCUAAGAAUUCUUUUCCAAGACUAUGCUAUCAGUACUGUGAUCAGAUUUAAUUUAUAAUUUUCUCUUUUUUUCGUUAAUCAGUUAAGAGUAAGAACAAAUUUCUGGAUUUCUUAGUUUAGGUUGAAGCUUAUUCGUUUUAUUAUUUUGGUUUUAAGUAAUUAAAAGUAUAAAAAUGGACGCUUCGCUUUUAUCCUUGGCUAAUCUAUAUACUAACAGUCAUAAACGGUUGGAAUAGAAACGACACACAUUAUUUACUUUAUCAAUUUGUUUUUAGGUAAUCAAGCGUUUUCCAGAGUCGCUUCAGGCAGACAUCUGCCUCCAUUUACACAGAGGUUUAUUCGAAGAAUGUGGCGUGUUUAAAACUGCUUCAGAGGGAUGUCUUCGUGCUCUGGCUUUGAGAUUUAAAAUCCGACAUUAUCUUCCAGGACACUAA